UCCACGGUGUCCAUGGCGACAGUGGACAAGGGGUGUGGGUAGACGGAAAGAGAGCGGGUACACCCACCGGAAACCGUGUCUGCAGCGCCAGCAGAAAUGAAAUUGAAAGAUCACUUUUUCAGUCUAAAAUCCCCGCGCAAAUGUAUAUCUGGUGCAAUGAAAAUCGCCCGAUAUUCCUGCUAAACCGCUCGCCGUUAUUGGAUUCCGUUCAGCGAUUUGGUGAAGUAGGUUGCCAAGUGUGAGUGUUUUGGAAACAUCUUUGAGACUUGUGUGUGAGAGGAGGCAGCGGUGCAAGAUCCGCUUCUACCUAUGGUCUUUUUUAAACCUUCGUCGCCGGGCGAGAAAAUACAUAUCUAACUAGUUAGUUAAACAUGGAUCAGUAUCACGAGUAUUCCUAAGAAUUUAGCCAGUAUUGUUUGUCUACCCAUGUCAGUAGCUACAGUAGUUAACGGUUUCAGUAUGCCCGAUCGAUGGUUUCGUUGAAGCUUGACAGUGCCUGAUGCAGGCCUGCUUUUUUCGAUCUGGAAAUUUCUUGACCUGGGAAAGCCAUACGGGUUUUCAUGACUUCCUAGCAUUAGCCUUUUUCGCUGCAUCCCCGACUCAAAUGAUGCGUGUUGUGUCGUUGCAUUGAUUUUAGCAUAUACAUUUAAGGACUUUUUUUUUAUCCAAACGGUAUAUUUUAUGGGAUUAUCGGUCAAUUCGAAGCAAAUAUGGUGAAUUGGAAGCGGCUGCUGCGGAUGUCGAACCGCUCCGUUUUGGCCUUCAUUUUUUUCUUCUCCAUGUCUACAACUGGUCUCUACUUCAUAUAUGUGGCUCCUGGAAUAGCCAACACAUACUUCUUCAUGGUGCAGGCCCAGGGCAUCAUGUUGAGGGAUAAUGUGAGGACCAUUGGUCAGAUGAUCAGACUCUACGCCAAUAAGAACAGUACCCUCAACGGCACUGAUUACCCAGAUGGCAUUAACUCCAGUGAAUACAUGGCCCAGCCAACCUCAUACCUCCCUGAGAACUUCACAUAUGCCCAGAACCUCCCCUGCCCAGAACGCUUACCUUCUAUGAAGGGUCCGAUGGAUGUCAAUAUGACUGAGAUCCCUAUGGAGGAGAUUGAUCUGAAGUUCUCUAAGUAUCUGGAUGUUCACUUUGGAGGACACUGGAAACCCAAGGACUGUAAACCACGCUGGAAGGUGGCUAUCCUGAUCCCCUUCCGUAACCGCCACGAGCACCUUCCCAUCCUGUUCCAGCACCUCACCCCAAUGCUGCAGAGACAGCGACUGCAGUUUGCAUAUUACGUCGUCGAGCAGUCUGGUACCCAGCCGUUCAACAGAGCAAUGUUGUUUAACGUGGGUUUCCUGGAAGCCAUGAAGGAUCUGGACUGGGACUGUCUGGUGUUCCACGAUGUCGACCACAUCCCAGAGAACGACCGUAACUACUACGGCUGUGGUCAGAUGCCUCGCCACUUCGCAGCCAAACUGGACAAGUACAUGUACCUACUACCCUAUAGUGAGUUCUUUGGGGGCGUGAGUGGACUCACAGUGGAACAGUUCCGCAAGAUUAACGGCUUUCCCAAUGCAUUCUGGGGCUGGGGAGGAGAGGACGAUGACCUUUGGAACAGAGUGCACUAUGCUGGUCUGAACAUCACAAGGCCGGAGGGAGAAAUGGGUAAAUACAAGUCCAUCCCACACCACCACCGGGGAGAGGUGCAGUUCCUGGGCAGGUACAAGCUGCUGAGGUAUUCCAAAGAGAGGCAGCACCUGGAUGGUCUGAACAACCUCAACUACACCCCUGAGAUCUCCCUGAGCUCCCUGUAUAAGAACAUCACCGUGGACCUGCACCCCGAUCAGGCCCCCAUCGCAGACUACUGAACUCUGACCCCCUCCCUACGGCCCCACCUGACCCCUUAAACCCUUCACACCCCCUCACGCAUCAAACGGGACCCCAAAGCUGGCCAAAGGGGGGGGGUCAGAGGCACACAAAAAUAUGAAAGAGGAAGGGGCAUAUAGGGUCUGUUUAAUCGAACAAUUGAUUGUGUAUGUUUCUGUGAAUGUUGUGUGUGUGCUUGCAAGGAUGUGUGUGUCUGACAUGUUUGUGUGUGUGUGUCACUGCAUGUCAAUGUGUUCAUGCUGGCUUUAGCUACUAAGCUACUUCACAUCAACACUUCAUAAUACAGUAUGAGGAGGGAGGGGCAGCAUUCGUUUUCACAUCUGAUGUUUACUGCAAAGCCUUAAAGUGUCAGGCUCAGCCUCAGAACCACGGCUCUCUGGCUGCCUCCCACAUGGUACCCUAUUCCCUAUAGGACUGGGAAUUGCCAAGGACCUCACGAUAUGAUAUUGUCCCGAUACUUAGGUGCCGAUACGAUAUGUAUUGCUAUUUGAUACUGCGAUUUUAUUGCCAUUUGACGUUCCAAACAUAUUGCUCACUAUAUACUGAGUGUACAAAACAUUAGGACCACCUUCAUAAUAUUGAAUUGGACCCCCUUUUACCCUCAGAACGGCCUCAAUUCAUCGGGGCAUGGACUCUAAAAGGUGUCGAAAGCGUUCCACAGGGAUG